AUGGACGAGAACGCGAAACCUUUCUGUCUCCCGCACAACCAUCAGGAAGUCUACGUAGGCAGCAAAUAUUACGUGACAUGGAACCGGAAAUACUUCGCCGAGCACGCUAACAUAACCAUCAUCCUCAACUACGCCAACGAGACAGCCGUCCAGGCCUGGUCCUCGCCCCCAACCGAUAACCUCAAAGGCCUCCUAACCGUCGACAUGGACAAAGCCUGGCUGAAAGGCUAUAGCCGCAACAACUUGACCUUCUUCCUCACGGCGGAUGGCAAGACAUACGAUGGGCCGGAAGUCAGCCUGCAACACGAGCCGCCACGGCACGCGCCGAACCAGUCCACGGGUGGGAAGAUAGAUAAGACAGGCCUCAUGAUCGGCUUGCCUGUUGCGCUAGGCUUUGUCCUUUUCGUGGUGGUGGGUCUCUGGUUUGGAAUGCGGAAGACGCGGAGGAUUGGGCUGGGGAGUGUCAUGGGUCGGGGCAGGCAUGGGUACGGGUCGAGAAAGGCGAGGCGGCAGCGGAUGGAUUCGCGCAAGAAGAGUGAUGUUUUGCUGCAGGAGCGAGAGCUAGGGGCGCGGGAGGCUGAGUAUAGGGAUGAAGCACCUCCGCGGCCGAACUUUGCGCAGGGGCAUGUGAGGGAUACGAGUUUAGGGAGCUUGGUCAGUCAGGAUGACGAGCCGAGGAAUCAUUUUAGGAGUGAGGUUGAGAGACAGCGGACGGGCAGGUAA